AUGUCUUCGAUCCCGCUGGCAAGUCGGCAGCAGGGAUCAGAAGUGAUAGAUGGAAUGAAGACAGACUUUCAUAUCAGCGCUUACGCUGAUCAGGUGUACGCCUGUCAGCUCGCCGAGGUGACGUACAAGAGAUCUCAGAAGCCAGUGCUGAUUGCGUGGGAAUGUCUCCUUGCCUGCUCUGCGUCUGCUGGUUGUCCAGACAAGGAUCAGUUGCUCAGGAAGAUUGUGACGCAAGCUCGGCUCUCUACCGGAGAUUUCGCGGAAGCGAUCAGGAGUUGUGGUGCAGACGAGCAUCUGUUCAUGGAGCUGGGGGCGUUCUUGCACAAGCUCGGGGUUUAUCAUUUGGCUCUCUCCUCCUUCUGGACGGCAGUGCGUCUGAACCCCGCGGACGUGGGUCACAGAAACAACGUGGCUGCCUGCUUGCUGUCCAUGUCAAGGCCGAGGGAAGCUGUCCUCGUGCUGGAGGAGCUGGAGAAAAAGGUGAAGGAGGAGGCCGAAACGUCCUGGAAGACAGACCUGAACAUGGCGAGCGCGCUCUUCGAGCUGGGAGAGUACGCCAAGAGCGAGACGAGACUCACCCGGGUGGUCGCAAGCAACCUGAGCUUUCCUCACAAGCACGUGGCUGUGGCGAACCUGCUCUUCACCCGGAGGAAGUUGUGCUCAUGGGGAGGCUGGGACGAGGACCUCUCCGCUGCCCGCCGGCUCAUGAGCGAUCAAGUCAGAGGCAAGUUAGAUCAGCUUCCCAUCGAACCUCCCGUCGAUCCUUUUAUGGCCCUGGCGUUUGCAGAGGCGAGAUGGAGCAAGGGGGAGGAGGGGGAAGUGGAGGGGCUGGCGAUGGACCCUACUGCUUUCCUUUUGCUCGCCCGUCACUACACGGAAUUGAUGGCUCCUGAGCAGCACCCCCUUCAGACAAGGAUGCAGCCCGCAGCUCAGAUUCAGCUGGGGUACGUCAGCAGCGAUCUCGGCAGGCGCCACUCGAUGAUGCUGCUCAUCAAGGGCGCGAUCGAACGCCACUCGCCUCGCGUGCGGGUCCUUUGCUUCCUCCUCGCACCACCCAUGGAUCCCAGCCUAGUCCCCUCCUCGUGCUCUCUGAGAAGCGACCUGAGCUCCCUGCCGGAUCUGGAGGCGAGCAGGAGCAUCAACGGCCAUGGUCCGCACGUGCUCGUCGACCUCAACGGCUGGACUGCCGGCAACAGGAUGCGGAUCUUCAGCUAUCGCCCAGCUGCGCUACAGGUUGGGUACAUGGGCUUCACCGGGACCACUGGGGCGGGCUUCAUCGAUUACGUGCUGGUAGACAGCUGGGUCGCUCCUCCGGAGGUUUCUCAGCUCUACAGCGAGAAGUUCGUCGUGCUGCCUACCUCCUACAUGACCACGGACUACCUGCAGGAGGAGCUGCUGGGAGGGGAGAGGGCGCGGAAGACCAGAGCGGGCAGGCUGACAUUCUGCAACCAUGACUCACUGUACAAGCUGGAUCCAACGCGGUUUACGUCGUGGAUGAAGCUACUAGAGGAGGUGGAGGGAUCAACCUUGCUGCUCCUUGCUCAGGGAAACUCCACGGAGAGCAGCCUCCUGUCUCGGGCCCCUCCUCAUCUUCGCUCUCGGAUCGUCUUCCAGCCCUUCCUUGACGUUAGGAAGCACCUAGAGAGGAUCCGAGCAUGCGACCUUGCGCUCGACACCCACGGCAUCAGCGGGCACACGACGAGCGCGAACUACCUCUGGGGAGGAGUGCCCUUGGUGUCCCUCCCCUCCUUCAUGUGGGCCGGCCGCGUUACGAGCAGCCUCCUCUCAGCUCUCUCAGCCUCCUGCCACCUUGCGCUGCUCGGCAUCGCGCGGAGUGAAGACGACUUCGUCCAGCUCUCAAAGAGGCUCGCGCGCUCAGCUGGGGAUGGCAGGCUGGAGAGGCGACAGCUGGAAGAUCUGCGGACCUGCAUGGCGGGGGCCACCGACGUCGCAAGGGGGAGGAGGAAGGACGAGGGAGGUCUGAACCGCUUGUUCGACAAUCAGCGAUGGGUGGAGGGAUGGGAGGAGGUGCUGAGGAUGAUGGUAGAGAGCAGGUGGACCAGCGCAAGUCCCGUCCACGUCCUCAAGGUCUCAUAG